GACGUGCCAUGACAAGUCAGCGACCAAUCAAUGUACAGAUCAAAAUUCCAACAUAACCAAACUACUCGCUUUGAGAAAUGGCUGACGAUAAAGAAGUGGAGAAAACAAUUGCUGAAGACUUGGUUGUUACCAAGUACAAGUUAGCUGGUCAAAUUGUAAACCGAGUACUUGAACAAGUUAUAACAAAAUGUAUCCCAGAUGCCAGCGUAAGAGAAAUAUGCGAGUUCGGCGACAAGUUAUUAUUAGAAGAAACUUCGAAAGUGUUUAAAAAAGAUAAAGAUGCAAAGAAAGGUAUUGCUUUUUCAACGUGCGUCUCGGUUAAUAACUGUAUUUGUCACUAUUCACCAAUUCCCAGUGAAACAGAUUAUAUUCUGAAGCAAGGAGAUCUCGCUAAAAUAGACCUUGGUGCUCAUAUUGAUGGAUUCAUUGCUGUGGUUGCACACACAGUUGUGGUUGGUGGUGGUGAAGUCACAGGCAAAGCUGCUGAUGUUCUUCUUGCUGCUCAUGCUGCCAGUGAGGCCGCCCUGAGACUAUUGAGACCUGGAAAUGAGAACUAUGCAGUGACUGAUGUUGUUCAGAAGAUAACAGCUGAAUAUGGAUGCAAGCCCAUAGAAGGAAUGUUGUCUCAUCAAUUAAAACAGUUCCGAAUUGAUGGAGACAAGAGCAUUAUACAAAAUCCUACUGAGGCUCAAAGGAAAGAACAUGAGAAAGCCACUUUUGAAACAUAUGAAGUUUAUGCAAUGGAUGUUCUUGUUUCUACAGGCGAGGGUGUGGGUCGUGAGAUGGAUACAAGAUGUACAAUUUACAAGAAAACUGAUGAAGUCUAUCAACUGAAGUUAAAGGCAUCAAGAAUGUUUUACAGUGAGGUCCGCAAUAAACACGGGUCAAUGCCAUUCAACUUGCGAAGCUUUGAUAAGGAAACAAGUGCGAGGUUGGGUGUUGUUGAGUGUGUUAAUCACAAGCUCAUUGAACCUUUCCAGGUACUAUAUGACCGUCCAGGGGAGUUGGUCGCCCAAUUUAAGUUUACGGUGCUAAUGUUGCCAAGUGGAACACAUCGGAUCACAGGACUGCCCUUUGACAAGACUCAAUGCAAAACUGAGCGCACCAUAAAAGAUCCCGAACUUAAUGCCCUGCUUAACUCUUCCGCCAAGUCUAACAAGAAGAAGAAAAAGAAAACAGGUGUUGAAGAACCCAUGGAAGUUGAAACAGCUGCUUAACAAUCGACCAACCACUUUCAAGUGGCUAAUCGGACUAUUCUCAAUUCCAUACUGUUGAAAUUUAUAAAAGGUUUUACGUCUUAGCUUAAACAGAUGUUCCACAGUCUCAAAAUGUUAUCAGUCUACAAAAGUGAAAAGUGUGUACACAUACCAUCAAGAAUUUUUAAGUAAUUAAUAUUAUAAACAAAAUUACUGCACAGUAUUUUGGAUAAUUGUUGUGUAUAUCUUUAGUUUAAUCUAAAUGUAUGCAAAAUGUUUGGUGUAAAUGUAUGUGAACACUCACUAAAAUUGUGUCUUACAGAGUGUUAAAAUUGUGACUAGGUUUAAAAUAAAAAGCAGAUAUUUUUUAAAUGAUAAAACUAUAGUUUUGUAGCACCUGGACAGUGAAUAUAGCAUAUCUUGAAUAUUGGUUAAAUAUGAACAUUCUGAUACUUAGGUAAAUUAUAGUCAAUUUCUAAAUCUGUGACGGCAAUACAUUAAAAUCAGUACUGCCACAUUGUGGACUGUUUUUAUAAGUAAA